AUGCUAAAUUUUCAGAGGCUAGGACGAAUCCAGUCUAAUGACAAUAGCAACAGCACGGCACAAUCACAAUCGAAGUUUGGGUCUCCUGUGAAGCUGAGGCGAGGAUCUGAAGUUCACACACCUGGUAAACCAGAGGAUGUGAGCGGAAGACCUCCUUGUAAACUACCCAUUGAUCUGGAGUUGAACCUCGAGUCCCCUCCAUGUGUUCUUUAUGGUUCUGCUACAGACUCAGCUGGGGCUGUGCUUUGCGGUCAGUUUGUUCUGAGAGUUAAGGAUCCCCAAAGUGAGAAUUUCAUAUACUCUGUUGAUAACCAAGAACAUGGUGGUAGAAACGCAACGCAGCACGAAACCGGCUAUAAUAACAUCACAAUAACCUCCGUUCACUUAAAAUUUGUUCAAAAAGUUACUUAUAAUAAGCCUUUCAUUCCUGAUUCAAGUAUAUCCGCAUCAUCCACAGCAUUACAACUUCCAGCAAAUGCUACUGGUAACAUCAUAAACUGUAAGAAUUGUAAAGUCAAGUACACAUCUUUGAAAUCGUGGAACAUACAAUCAACAAAGAAACUUAUCACAAUUGGCAAGCAUGCAUACCCAUUUUCGUAUUUAGUACCGGGAUCUGUACCUUCAACAUCAGCUCUUGGUUUAUCGGCCAACACAAAGAUACAAUACGAACUCGUUGGUAAUGUUUCAUAUUAUGAUCCAGUGCAUAAGGACAAGGAAUAUAUGUUGAACAUUAAAAUGCCCAUACCAGUAACAAGAAGCAUCCAUCGUGGUCCAGAUAAGAACUCGCUGCGUGUUUUCCCACCUACACAAUUGACUGCGGCGGCUGUCUUGCCAAAUGUCGUUUAUCCAAAAUCAACAUUUCCAUUAGAAAUGAAACUCAAUGGUAUAUCUUCGCCUUCAACCGGGAAAGGCUCAGACAAAAGAUGGAGGAUGAGAAAAUUGGCGUGGAGAGUAGAAGAAACUACAAGAGUCAAGACCAAUGUUUGUACCCAGCAUAAACCCGAUUUGAAGAAGUUGGAGGAUCAGGUGAAACUGAAAGAAGAAGAGCGUAGCAAAAAACCUCCUGUUCCUAUAAAACGUUAUGGUGAUAUCGGGCCUCAAAUAAGAAUCGCCCUGAGUUCACCUUCCAAUAUGCCGUUGUCUGGUGGAAGAUCAGGACCACAACCGACUUUGACGUCUAGUGAGGAAGCUCCAAAUUCUGCCACUUUGUCAUCUAGAGAAGGUGAAGCUGGUAACAUAGAUACUGAUGAAAAUGAGACUACUGAUCAAUUUGUUCAUCCAAGCGAUGAUGCCAUGAGACAAGAAUUACUUCAGCAACAACAACGGCAACGUGAACAGCAAUUAAAGCAGGAACUAAAAAAUAGUAGUGCCUUAUUUUCAGAAGAGGUACGUAUAAUAUCGAAAGGCGAGAUGAAAAGUGGAUGGAAGACAGACUUUGAUAGUGAUAACGGAAAAGUUGAACUUGUAACCGAUAUAGAUUUGCUUCAUUCUAAUUCUGGUGUUUCUAAUCCAAUAAUGCAUACAUCAACAACGCAUCCAUAUAAGAAGAAACCUGAUCUACCACCUGUUACCAUUGCUUGUGAUAUUCAGGAUCCUAAUCUUGGUAUUUAUGUCAAUCAUACAUUGGCCAUCGAAAUUGUUGUGGCCGAAGAAGCAUUGCAAUAUGCUAAUGGUCAGCCAAUUCGAAAUGGAGGCAGCAGAAGAUCAUCUGUGAUUCCCGAAGGUUCGAAACCUGAGGGUACUACGGAAAAUAUGAAUGAUGAUGAUGAUGACAGCCGUGAGAUGGAUCAAAGGCUAUUGGAACUGUCACCUAUGUUUGCCAAUAGAAACGCUCAAAGGGCCAAACCGGUUGAAUACAACGACCUCUCUCCUGUGAAUUCUCGCUCUAGUACGAGGUCUGGAAACAAUACUGGAAGGAUUACACCACAUAUGUCUUCUACGCCAAGGAUAGUGAGUGUUCCAACAGGCGCAGCUAGGGUUCUUAGAAUGCAGUUCAGAAUUAAUGUUACUGAGAGAUCUGGACUUGGCAUAUCAUGGGAUGAAGAAGUUCCACCCAUGUACCAUGAAAUCCAAACAAAUGCGCCUCCUUCAUAUGAGGCAGCAUUGAAAGAUUCUGGUGGUGUCCAGAUUGUUGAUAACUCCGAAGACCUGGGAGAGGAACCUGAACAUCAAACUCCUAUUAUUGCAUUUCCACCUAUGGCACACCACAAUAACUCCAAUAUAAGAAACAACUUAACGACAGUACAAUCUCCUCAACUUGAAAACAUAAUCAGUAUACAAGGUGCUGUUCCAUAUGGUAGAGGGUCGCCAUUAACACCAAACAAUACCAUUGAAAUGGGUAUUAGAAAUCUUUCUGAGGUCCUUGAUACUGACCGUAUCACCCAAUAA